UGCACAACAGCGAGGAUGUCUGGAAGAGGCAAAGGAGGAAAAGGACUCGGUAAAGGAGGCGCUAAGCGGCACCGUAAAGUCCUCCGUGAUAACAUCCAGGGAAUCACUAAGCCCGCUAUCCGCCGUCUGGCUCGCCGCGGUGGAGUCAAGCGUAUCUCUGGUCUGAUCUACGAGGAGACCCGCGGUGUGUUGAAGGUGUUCCUGGAGAACGUCAUCCGUGAUGCCGUCACCUACACCGAGCACGCCAAGAGGAAGACGGUGACCGCCAUGGAUGUGGUGUACGCUCUGAAGAGGCAGGGCCGCACUCUGUACGGCUUCGGAGGUUAAAAUCGGCAUUCAUGCAACAAAUCAAAGGUCCUUUUCAGGACCACACAUCUGUUCUACAGAGCAGGGUUCUGUUGGUCCUUGAGAACUCCAUAUUGGUGGUAGCUAAGAAACUUAAUAUUAAGCAUGCAUCUAAAAUGUUUAAUAUAUCGAAGUGGGUAUCAUGUG